GCCCUCCUAACGGCUCUCAUACAGGACUGCAGCAGGACUUUACACAUCUGUUCAGGAUGAACAGAACUCUGCAUGACAAUAUCGGUAAUUAAAAAUACUCUGAUGUUUAUGUGUCUGUAUGUAAAUCUACUAUAUGUCUAUGUGGCAGGAUGUUGUCUACAUUUGUGUUUGACGCUAAUCUUUCAGAGGAAAUGGAGGAAGAAGAAGGAGACUAUGUUAAUCUAUCAUCCAGGACUGGGGAUAAAGUUGCAGCUCGUCUAAGCCAGAGGUUUCGCUGCUUCUCUCAGUCUUUUCUACCCAUAGCAGUGUGUUGGCUGAUACUGUUGGUCAUCAUGGGCCUCUGUAUCUACUUUACCAAUCGCAUCCUAAACGACAAAAUCAGCGUCUUAGAAAACCAGAUCACAAACCUGUCAUCCGUCAACCAGGAGCUGGAGACAUGGAGGGACAACGUGAUAGGACAAAUCAAAAAAAUGGAGACAACCUGGAACCAACUCAACGUCAGUCAAGUUAAGUGGACUCUUGAUAUCUACUGCCACAGAGAAAACAAAGAGAGACGGUGUAGAGCAUGUCCUCAGGGCUGGGAACUCUUCGGGUCCAGCUGUUAUCUGAUUCAUCCGUCUGACGGGAAAACCUGGGAGGAAGCUCGAGAAGACUGCAGAGGACAGGGUUCAGAUUUGGUUGUUGUACACGAUGCAGAUGACGAGAAUGUCCUCAAGUAUGUCCGAAGGUACAUCUACGGGUCCUGGGUCGGUCUGAGAGCUGAAGGGGGGACAUGGAAGUGGAUCGAUGGAAGUGGUCUCACUGAAAGCGACAGGAUCCAACACCAACUCCCCCCCCCUGCCCCCCCCGGUCAGUGUGCCGUUUACAUCAGGUACAAAUAUACAUCAGAGAGCUGUGGCGAGAGAAAAGGAUGGAUCUGCAAAAAGAAGGCGUCAUCUUUUUAACCCCUGCAGUCAGACUGGAGGAGGUCACUGGACGCUCUGCAGGACAAUAUCAAACCGGGAACACUUCUACUUCACACUUUAAACGUGUUUUCAUGAAGAAAAUGCAAAUUAAUUAUUCAUUUUUUGGUGUCUGAAAAAAACAGACAGUCAGAUGUUUUGUAUAGAUGAGUUAGAUAAUGGUUAAUAUGAGUAGGCUACUGACAAUCUAAGAAAAAUACAAUGUGGGGCCAGAAGGGGAACUA